AUGGCAUCAGAUCCCGAAAAGGCUCCUGCCGCGACUUCAGCGGGAGAUGGGAAUCAACUAGAAGCCUUUCCAUCCUCGUCUUCGCUCUCUUCUUCUUUGGACACCGAGUCGCCGCAACUUGAGGCCAUCAAAACAUCGCACACUAAUCGCAGUCGACGAUCUAUUGCAUCCCAACGGCUUGAUGUCAACGACCCUUAUGAGAAUCUCGAACAUUGCAUCACCCCAGAUGUCGAAACUGAAGCUGAGCGUAUGGCCAGGGAACCCAUCACUUACACCCGCACUGGUACGAGUAUCGGCAGUACGGCUUCUCGCCCGCCAGAAUUCGAGGUCUAUUUUGAAGAGAGUGACCCCGAAAAUCCUAGGAAUUGGCCAUUGUGGUACCGAUGUUGGUGCAUCUUUUGUGUCUCCUUUGCGACUUGGGUUGCCACCUUGUAUAGUACCAGUUACACAUCUUCCACUCCCGGCUUAAUUGAAGAUUUUGGCUCAACAACCACAAUCGUCACACUUGGCAUGACGACGUAUCUUCUGGGCCUCGCCGCCGGUAGUCUGGUUGUUGCUCCCCUGAGUGAACUUUAUGGUCGCCAAAUUGUCUAUAUUGUGUGUCUCUGCUUGUGGGCAAUUCUCAUCGUUCCAUGCGGUCUUGCGCAGUCGCUGACCACCAUUAUUGUUGUGCGAUUCAUUGGUGCAUUCUUUGGCGCCGUCAUGAUUUCCAAUGCCCCAGGCAGCGUUGUAGAUGUCUCAAACCCCGACUAUCUCGCCCGAAGCAUGUCUCUCUUUGGUGUCGCACCUCUCAACGGGCCAGUGACAGGACCCAUCAUCGGUGGAUUUGUGUUUCAAUACCUAGGAUGGCGUUGGGCCAACUGGAUUGUCCUCAUCAUGGCUGGACUGGCCAUAGCUCUCAUGUGCACUGUCAAGGAAACAUAUGCGCCCAAGAUCCUUCAGCGCAAAGCCGCGAGGAUGAGAAAGGAGAUGGAUGACCCUAGAUAUUGGUGUCAGUACGACCAAAAAGUAUCGACCUUGCACUUGCUCAAAGUAAACCUGAGCCGACCAUUUAUUCUCUUUGCCACGGAGCCCAUUUUAUGGUUUAUGAAUUUCUGGAUCUCCAUCAUUUACGGGAUUUUGUAUCUUUGCUUUGUUGCGUAUCCGGUAGUAUUCUCAGAACACAGAGGAUGGGGGCCAGGUAUCUCAGGACUGGCCUUCUGUGGUAUUGGCAUCGGGACCUUGACCGCCAUCGCUGCAGAACCGCUGUUUCGACACAUAAUCCAUUCGCAACCACGGGACCCAGAGACGGGCAAACCAUACCCGGAAGCCCAAGCCUCCAUCAUGGCAAUUGGUGCUGUCUGCACGGCCGUUGGCCAAAUUGGAUUCUCAUGGACAUGUCUACCGAAAUCCAUUCACUGGGCUGCUCCCAUCGCCUUCGGCAUCCCGUUUGGAUGCGGCAACACCAUCAGCUUCAUUUACGGAUCCAACUACAUCGCCGGUGCCUAUGGCAUCUACGCAGCCAGCGCCUUGGCUGGUAAUGCCGUCAUCAGGAGCAUCUUUGGCGGCGCUCUGCCCCUGGCUGGCCCGCAAAUGUAUAAAGCACUCACACCCCAAUGGGCAGGGACAUUGCUCGGCUUGCUAGAGGUUGCUAUUAUCCCCAUCCCUUUCAUUUUCUGGAGAUAUGGGAGUAAAAUUCGAGCAAAGAGCCGAACAAUUCGACAACUGCGGGAGGAUCAAGAUCGGCUUGACGAAAAAAGAGCAAGGGGCCUUGCUAGAAUUGAGAGACGAGCAGCCAGACUGCAGGCCGAAAAUGCUACCAGGACGGACGAGAAAAGGACUGAAAAGGAUGCAGUCAGGACGGAUGAGGUAGAUGCCGUCAAGAAGAGUGAAUGA